UCCUAAAAUGAAUGAAAGCUCCUACACAUACUAGCGUUUUGAGAGGUAGAGAUCAGUCUGAGCAGCAAGUAGCUCUCUUAACUGUUAUAAUAGUUUACUUGAAAGCGAUUAAAUAAGUAUAUCUUCUAGUCAUCGGUCUAGUUAAGAAACUAGAAUAAACACAUUCAGAAUGGCUAGAUAGCUGGAAAUGGCCAGUUGGAAAAGGACAAAAACCGCUCACGACGCCAGAGUCCGUGUUUGUGGAGAGAUGAAGAUGUCCAGGAGCGGAUCAGGUCUCCAGCCUCUCAAAGCUACUGUUCCCUACACGCUGCACAAACCAGCUUCCGCCACAAAUAUCACUCCAGGUGAACGGACCAAAGCAGAGUGGCGUUUGCAGACUCCGAUCCAGCGCACAGUAUCUCUGGAUGCGAUUGUGGGGCCGUACUUGCAAGGCCAAUGGCCCAAAGAGGACGACAGACACGGCAGGGAAGACAAAUCCACACAGACACCACACACAUGGUUAGGUGGAGAUGAAACAACAGCUGUUGGAUUUCACAAGCGUUCGGCAUCAUGGGGGAAUUCAGAACGUCUCCAGGAUGGAAGUGACGUGUGUGCAGAUUCAUCUAGUUUUAAGCUGAAACAACAACAACUACAACAGAAGAAAAGGUCAGGCGUUCUGUUUGGCAAUCAAGAGAAACUGCACAACCAACGUCAGUCCCCUGCUCUAUUAAUCCCAUCUGUGUCAUUGACUCGACUGCCGUCACGUCUGCGUCAAAGUGAAGAGAGACUAGAUCAAGAGCUGGAGAAAGUAUUCACACAUCACUCAUCAGUUCACCACUGUGGACUAUAUGAGGUUCCUGAUGGCCACAGGGCUCCUGUUCCUCACCUGAGCUCCAAGAGGGGAUUUCAGAUUGGUUCUUCCUGUGUAGCUUCUCCCUCUUCUUCUUCCCCAUCCACAUCUUGCUCUCCACAGCGCCCUCUAGAUUUCGAGAACUGUGAUACGGCUCUGUCCUCAGUUGAAGAGGUCAACUCGUGUAUUGUGACGGUGUCCUCAUCACCACGGCCCAAUAACAGCUACAGCUUUCAGAGAGAUCCACCAGAAGGUUGUGAAAGAAUCCGAGUGUGUGUAGAGAAUAUCCUUCCAUGUUUGGAUCAAGUGUAUGUGUCCUCCUGUCCUGACCCCAACAAAGUGAACUUCACCACACACACAGGCUCAGCCUUCUGCCCUGUCAAUCUCCCCAAGCCCCUUAUACCUCCAGUGGACUUCCUGAUCUGCAGCCUCUCAGUUUCUCCAGGGUCCUGCUGGGUGGGACAGUGAUGAGUCAGUAAAAAACCCCCCGGUGAAAUCAGCAUCUGCGUGGGAGAAAUAGAAUGUGAUUCUCUUUAAAAACAAUCAGUUCUUUGGUGUUUAAUGUUUAAUUUUGCUAAUUGUAAUAAGAGAAUACCGGAUUUCUUUGUGGCUCAGUGAGCAUGCUGAACAUUGGCCGAUUUGAUAGAUUUAUGAUUUAAUAAUUUGGGGGGUUUUAUAAUGAAAAGUAUGUCAUUUAUAGACAGUGAAUGAUAAAUAGGGCUAUAUAUAUAUAUGUAUAUGUAUAUGUAUAUAUAUAUAUAUUAGAAAGAAAAUGAAUGGUACUAUUAGGCAAAGUUUGUAUUUUAAAUCUGCAUUUUUACCACCUACUUCAAAAAAAAAUGGCGAAUGUAUUAUUUUUUAAUAUAUAUAUACUUUAGUUAUGUUUUGUUUUGAUUAUUGAAAGUUUAUUGAAGAAAUUAUGUGGGUGGAUUAUUACAGUCAUAUACCAUUUCAGUAGGUACUGUAUAUUCGUGUUCUUUGAUUUUAGGUAAAUGUCACAGUCAUGCUUUAAUGGUACAUUGACAUUCACCAUUUUUAUUUUUUCAGAAAUUAGUUUUUUUUUUCUCUUUCUAAUGAAUGUUUACAUUGUAUACCUUGAACCUAAGAAUGUUUUUAUAUUUGUAUAGAUUAAUCUGUACAUGAAUGUAAGAUUAGCUGGCAAGUCUGUACUGUUUGCACUUUUUUUAUUACAUUUUUUCCCUGCUAAAGAUAAGCUAUAGAAUGUAAAUGGUGACAUUAUCUGACUUUAAAGUGUUUCUUCAUUCAAUGUGCACAUGAUAUUUGUUAUUUUAGGGUUUGGUUAAAAUGCUUUAUGUUCAAAUAAGUUAGUUUGGAAUAGUUGCCUUGCCGUUGAAAAGUACUUGGGGAAACUACACAUAUUGUUUGAUUAUUUUCUUUCUAUAGAUCACUUAAAUUCUUCCAUGUCUCUACUAUGUUUUGACACCAAUAAAGUAGAAUUGAGCAUAA